AUGGACCCAAUGAACUCAGGAAUGCGGUACACACCGAAGUCUCCGGACAGGGACUGGGACCAGUCUGUCACAUUCCUUCCAGCAUCAGACUCAAAGAAACUGGAGAAGAAAAAGGGCCCGGGGAAGAUGGGAGCUGUGAUUGGCCUGGUGGUUUUCCUGGCUAUUGUAGCAUUGAUGACUGGACUGUUAGUCUGGCAUUUCCACUUCCGUAGGGAUGUUCGUGUGAAGAAGAUGUAUGGCGGUUCUAUGAGAAUCACUAACCAGGUGUUUGUGGAUGCUUACGAGAGACCCAACAGCACUGAGUUCAAGUCCCUGGCUUUGCAGGUGGUUAAACAGCUGAAAGACAUAUAUAAAAAGACUCCCCAGCUGGCCAAAUAUUAUGUUAAAUCCACUGUACACGCAUUCAGUGAGGGUAGCGUAAUUGCCUACUACAUGUCAGAGUUCAGUGUGCCAGUGGAACAGGAGGCAGCUGUGGAAGCCACUAUAAAUUCCAUGGAUCAGAUUGUAGCCAAAGACCAGCGGCGUAAUGUGAAUCAACCAGGAAACAGCCUUCUGUUUGACAACAUCGUGUCUGCCUCGGUGGAUAAACGUAUGUUCUCCUCGUCUUUCAGCUCCACUCACUGGUUUGCUCAGCACACCAGGUCCAAUCACAUUGGCACCAUCGAGUCCCCGGGCUUCCCUGACUACCCAUACCCAUCCAAUACCCUGAUCCAGUGGCAGCUGAGGGCUGACGCUGGGUAUAGGAUCAAACUGGACUUUGACACCUUUAAUCUGGAGGAGAACUGUCAAAAUGACUAUGUCAGAGUCUAUGACUCGCUGGUCGCUGUCGACAGCAAGUUAAUGGCAGAGAAGUGUGGCUAUUACUCCCCCAGCGAUCCCUUGACCUUCAUCUCCUCUGGCAAUGUCAUGCUGGUCACCUUGGUAACCAACGACAAGCAUAAUUACCCUGGUUUUAGGGCCAGCGUCUCCCAGAUCAGUCAAGAUAGCAGAGAUCUCUCAUGUGGUGGUAAACUGAGAGGAACCAAAGGGACAUUUACGUCACCAAACUAUCCUAACUAUUAUCCUCCUCUUGUUUCCUGUCUGUGGGACAUCGAGGUUCCUGCAGAUAAACAUGUGAGGGUGCAAUUCUCCAAGUUUCUCUUACCAAAAACAAACCAAGGCUGCACAGAUGACUAUGUAGAUAUUGACUCGAAGAAAAGACUCUGUGGACAGGAGAUCUCUGGUUUAAUCGAGUCCAGUGAAUCAAACAGGAUAACGGUGGCAUUUGUCUCUAGUGCGACGCAUGUUGACCGUGGUUUCAGUGCCACGUUUGAAGCUUUUGAACCCACAAACCCUUGCCCGGGUAAAUUCCAGUGUCCUGGCAAGCGCUGCAUUGAUUCCAAGCUGCAGUGUGAUGGUUGGAAUGACUGCGGAGACAACAGCGAUGAGAGGAACUGCAAAUGUCCAUCUGAUAUGAUCAGCUGCAAGAAUGGCCUGUGUAAGCCAAUGUUCUGGAAGUGUGAUGGAGUGGACGAUUGUGGAGAUGGAACGGAUGAACAGAAUUGUGGAUGUAAGCAUGGAGAGUUUCAGUGUAGAAAUGACCGCUGUGUGUCGGAGAAGAAGAAGUGUGACAGGCGCGAUGACUGUGGGGAUGGAUCAGAUGAAGAAGGCUGCGGCGGGAGAACUGACCAGAUCAAGUGCACGGAGGAGACCUACAUGUGCGCAGACCGCAGCUGUCUGACAAAAGUGAACCCAGAGUGCGAUGGCAUUAAUGACUGCAGUGAUGGAUCUGAUGAGGCCAACUGUGACUGCGGCAAGCAGCCAUUUAAGACGUCCCGUAUUGUGGGUGGACAGAACGCCAUGGAGGGCGAGUUUCCCUGGCAGGUCAGCCUCCACAUCAAGAAUUCUGCCCACGUGUGUGGAGCCUCCAUCAUAAGCAACAAAUGGCUGGUCACUGCCGCCCACUGCGUGCAGGACGCUGGACAGCACAAAUUGUCCCAAGCUAACGCGUGGGACGUGUACCUUGGACUUCACUCUCAGAAGGUGAAGACUAAAGCAGAAAAGAGGGGACUGAAGCGAAUAGUGCCACACCCCCAAUACAACGACUUCACUUUCGAUUUUGACAUCGCUCUGAUGGAGCUGGACAGGCCCGUCGACUUCUCCGACACGAUAAGCCCCGUUUGUAUGCCAGCAGCCACACACGUCUUCCCAGCGGGCAAGUCGGUGACCAUCACAGGCUGGGGUGCCACCCGCGAAGGAGGUUACGGAGCAGAUGUACUUCAGAAGGCAGAUGUUCGGAUCAUUAACACCACAGUAUGUAAUACUCUCAUGGGUGGGCAGAUCACCUCGCGGAUGCUGUGUGCCGGAGUGUUGUCUGGAGGAGUGGACGCAUGUCAGGGUGAUUCAGGUGGGCCUUUGUCCAGUAAGGCUGAUGUCGGGAACAGGAUGUUCCUGGCAGGCGUGGUGAGCUGGGGUGACGGCUGUGCCCGCAGAAACAAGCCUGGCAUCUACACCAAAGUGACCAAGCUCCGCAGCUGGAUUAAAGACAUCACAGGAGUAUAA